GGUGUUUGCCCGCUACCUCAGUUGUCUCUUCGAGUGCUGCUGCUGAAAGCUAGCAAAAGUGUCGAUGAAGCUUACUGCAAUGGGACCGUUCUUCUUGGUGCUAAUAGCGAGCUGUAUACAUGUUGUCAUCUGCUCUUCCAAUGGAAAUCACAAUGAUAGGCUCCCACUACUAGAGUUUAAGAAGGCGAUAAGUCUUGAUCCACGUCAAGCUUUGAUGUCCUGGAAUGACAGCACCCAUUUCUGCAGUUGGGAGGGUGUCCUGUGUUCUGUCAAGAACUCAAUUCGUGUCAUUUCUCUUAAUCUUACGAAUCGAGGUCUAGUAGGGCAAAUAUCCCCUUCACUUGGAAACCUAACAUUCCUGAAAAUCCUUGUCCUAUCGACUAAUUCAUUCAGUGGAGAGAUCCCUAGGUCCCUUGGUCACUUGCCUCACCUCCAAAUCCUCAGCUUGCAAAAUAACACACUACAAGGAAGGAUACCCACUCUUGCAAACUGUUCAAAACUAACAGAGCUAUUGCUGGCAAACAACCAAUUAACCGGACAGAUUCCAGUAGAUUUGCCACAGCGGCUUGAAAAUCUUGAUCUUACCACAAAUAACCUAACUGGAACCAUCCCUGAUUCUGUUGCCAAUAUCACAAUGUUACAGAUGUUUAGCUGUGCAAUGAAUUACAUCGAGGGGAACAUCCCAAACGAGUUUGCAAAUUUGCUGAGGCUGCAGGUCCUUCUCGUGAGUAUCAAUAAGAUGUCAGGUCUAUUUCCACAGCCCAUCCUGAAUAUUUCUAAUCUAGUUGAACUUUCAAUUGCGAUAAACGAUUUUUCCGGAGUCGUACCAUCAAGUAUAGGUAACUCUCUACCUGAUCUUCAGGCGAUCGAGUUAGAUGACAACUUCUUUCAUGGUCAUAUCCCAUCUUCAUUAACAAAUGCUUCCAAACUAUACAGUAUUGACAUAUCAAGUAAUAAGUUCACAGGGUUGGUACCUGGCUCAUUUGGAAAACUUUCUAAACUGACAUGGCUAAAUCUUCAGCUCAAUAAACUCCAAGCAAGAACCACACAAGACUGGAAGUUUAUGGGCAGCUUAGCCAAUUGCACUGAGCUAAGUGAGCUCUCGGUAGCAUACAAUUAUCUAGCUGGCCAAUUGCCGAAUUCUGUAGGUAACCUUUCCAGUAUGCUCCAGGGCCUGUUCUUGGGAGGAAACCAACUGUCUGGGAAUUUUCCUUCUGGUAUAGCAAACCUUCGCAACCUCGUCACUGUAAGUCUGUUUGGGAAUAACUUUACGAGUGUGCUUCCAGAAUGGCUUGGGACUCUCAACAGUCUGCAAGUAAUACAGUUAAGCGACAAUUUCUUUACAGGGCCCAUUCCAUCAUCACUCUCAAAUCUAUCUCAAUUGAUAUCACUUGAUCUAGAAUCGAACCAGUUAAAUGGAAAUAUACCCCCAAGCCUAGGAGGCCUCCAAAUGCUUCAGGAAUUGCUCAUUUCUUCCAACAAUCUUCAUGGCACUAUACCAAAAGAGAUCUUCACAAUUCCAACUUUAGUGAGAAUUAGCUUAUCCUUUAACCGACUACAGGCACCACUUCAUGCCAACAUCGGGAAUGCCAAGCAACUAACAUAUUUACAAAUCUCAUCAAAUAAUCUAUCUGGAGAGAUUCCUAGUACAUUGGGUAAUUGCGAAAGUUUGGAAAUUGUCGUGCUAGGCCAUAAUUUUUUCAGCGGAAGCAUCCCCGCUUCCCUUGGCAAUAUAAGUAACCUACAUUUUCUCAACUUAUCUCACAAUAACUUAACUGGAUCAAUACCAGUCUCUCUUAGUGGCCUACAGUUCCUUGAGCAGCUAGAUUUGUCAUUCAACCAUCUGAAAGGUGAGGUCCCGACAAAAGGAAUCUUCAAGAAUGCGACAGCUUUAUGGAUUAAUGGAAACCAGGGGCUUUGUGGCGGGCCUCCGGGGUUACAUUUACUUGCUUGUCCUGUCAUGCAUUCCAAUUCAGCUAAUCACAAGCUUUCAGUUAUUUGGAAAAUAGUCAUCCCAGUAGCCAUAGUGCUGGUAUUUGCAGCAGUAUUUGCUUUUUGGUUGUUCCGUAGGCGAAAUCAGAAGACAAAAGCUAUCUCUCUACCCUCUCUUGGAAGAUUCCCUAGAAUUUCUUACAGCGAUCUUGUCAGAGCGACAGAGGGCUUUGCGAGAUACAAUCUAAUUGGUCAGGGAAGAUAUGGUUCUGUUUACCGAGGAAAAUUGUUUCCUGAUGGAAAAGAGGUUGCCAUCAAAGUUUUCAGUCUGGAGACAAGAGGAGCACAAAAGAGCUUCAUUGCAGAAUGUAGUGCUUUGAGAAAUGUGCGGCAUCGGAAUCUAGUUCCUAUCCUAACUGCAUGCUCAAGUAUUGAUUCUAAUGGAAAUGACUUCAAGGCUUUAGUAUAUGAGUUCAUGCCACGAGGAGACCUGCAUAACUUACUGUACUCGACUCACAGCAGCGAAGGUUCUUCAUGUUUGAAUUACAUUUCACUAGCUCAAAGGUUAAGCAUCAUGGUAGAUGUAUCAGAUGCUUUGAUGUAUCUACACCAUAACCACCAAGGAGCCAUUGUACAUUGUGAUCUGAAGCCUAGAAACAUUCUUUUGGAUGAUGAUCUGGUAGCACAUGUUGGAGACUUUGGGCUAGCAAGGUUCAAAUUGGACACAGCACCAUCUUUUGUUGACUCAAAUUCCACUUCUUCAGUUGCAAUCAAGGGAACAAUUGGAUACAUUGCUCCAGAAUAUGCUGCAGGUGGUCAGGUUUCCACUGCAGUGGAUGUCUACAGCUUUGGAGUUGUUCUCCUUGAGAUAUUCACCCGAAGGAGCCCAACAGAUGACAUGUUCAAGGAUGGGAUGACCAUUGCGAAGCUAACAGAGAUCAACUUCCCUGACAAUGUGUUGCAGAUUGUUGACCCACAGCUGCUCCAAGAGCUAGAGCAGAGAGAGGACGUUCCAACAACGAUCAUCAGGGAUAGCAGGGCACAAAUUCUGCACUCUGUGCUAAGCAUUGGACUCUGCUGUACCAAGACGUCCCCCAACGAGCGCAUCAGCAUGCAGGAGGUGGCUGCCAAGCUGCACGGGAUUCAGGAUGCUUAUCUUAGAGGAAACUGAAGGACCAGCUCAGUAGUUUAUGUUCUGAAAUCUGAAUGAAUAACUUGCAAAAUAAAUUUUUCAUGUGUCAUGUACCAUGUUUUUCUUGUUCAGUUUGGUUCUGAAAAAUUACUGAUGCUUCACAAAUUAAUUUGAAGUCAUCGUUUCUGCUACUUGAGCAACAACAAGCUCACAGUAAGUAUCCUCAUAGACUGUAAGUAGUCAACUGAUAAAAACAAACAACGCAGUCUGUCGGUUGCCCAC